AUGCUUCGCCCAGAAUCGCUACUGACCCUCCUCAUCGUCGCCGUUUGCUUGCUAUGGAGCACCGCCGAAGCUUCCACCGGCGAUCGGCUACCCGAGUUCCGGGAAUGCGUCAAGGUCUGCGCCCGUGAGAAUUGCGAUCCGAAUAAUAACCCUACCCACAUCCCCCUCCACCUUCGACUCCUCUUCUGGACCUGCCCGCAGGAAUGCGAUUACACGUGCCAACACAUUGUGACCCAGCGUCGCGUGGCUGCGGGUAAGCCCAUAACGCAGUUUCAUGGGAAAUGGCCGUUUGUGCGGUUUCUCGGAAUGCAGGAGCCCUUCUCGGUGCUGUUUAGCCUGGGCAACCUGAUAGCGCACCAUAAUGGGUUGACCAAGGUCCGCGGGUCGAUCCCGGCGGCGUAUCCGCUGCGCCGGUAUUACGAGAUGUUCGCGUAUUUUGGCAUUGCGACGUGGAUCUUCAGCGCCAUAUUCCAUACCCGCGACUUCCGCUUCACCGAGCAACUCGAUUACUUUGCUGCUGGCGCUGGCGUCCUCUACGGCAUGUACUACACCCCGAUCCGCGUCUUCCGCCUCGAUCGCCCCACGCCCCGCCGCCGCAGUUUUCUCCGAAUUUGGACCGUCACUUGCUGCGCUUUAUAUGCCGCGCAUGUCGCAUACCUAAAGCUGUGGCGCUGGAAUUAUACGUAUAAUAUGGCCGCCAAUGUAAUUGUGGGCUUGCUACAAAACAGUCUUUGGAGCUAUUUCAGUUUGAAGAGGUGGUCCGCGACCCACCGAUCGUGGGCAAUCUGGCCUGGUAUCGCCGUCGCGUGGAUUAUGACGGUUAUGGGCUUGGAGCUGCUAGACUUCCCACCACUAUGGGGAGUCUUGGACGCGCACAGUCUAUGGCAUUUGGGCACCAUCGGCCCUACUAUACUAUGGUAUAAUUUCAUGGUCAAGGAUUCCCAGGAGAACAUCGCACACGCGGACUGGAUAAAGGAUAUUAAGGCCUAA